ACUGGCAAAUGGCAUACAAAACUGAUUACAAAACAAGGCUGAGUUACUGCGUUUACAAAACUACGAACAAAAUGGACUCUUAACUGAGGAGCAAUUCCCACCCCGUAGCCAGGUCAGUGGGGUAGGGGUGGCAGACUCCCAAUGUCCAAUGCAGGCAAGGUUUAAAGUGAAGUGCUUCUAAGGUCGGGGGGGGGGAUGGUUAAUGGAAACACACAAGCAAAGAAAAGUUGUAACAUUUCUUCAAAAUUUUGCCAACUUAACUUCCAUUAAACUAAAAAACUUUCAGAUGUUAUGUCUCCCUUCAAGAUCUUACUUACAAAUGCCAGGGAUGCAGGAUUGCAUUCCCCCUCUGUCUUCAUGGAAUGUCGCUGAGGGGAAUCUACCUUAAUAAUGCACGUGUUGACUCCGCCUCAAUCAGGUCCUACUAUUCUUUUAACACAUUUACCGAGAGAACUCCGCAACCAUCUCAAGCAUUGGUCCUCAGUCGGGUUUUUAAAUCGUUACUGAAGGUCUUGCCUCAUUGCUUUAACUACAGAGUGACACGAUUUUCACUGGACGAUUGAAGCUGCUUCACAAUUAUGUUUACUGGCUUUAGAAUGUCCAUCAACUUGCACUUUGCAAAAAUGAACAUCCAACUCCUAUGCAGUAAUAUUUUAGCCAAGCGACGGUCAUCGACGAUUUAUAAACUUGAUUUUAAGAAAAAUUUUCCCGAGAAGUUUUGAGGAAUUUGCAGAUUAAAAAAUAGGAUUUCUACCAAAGGUGUAAAAAAUUUCGAUUGAAUGAUUUGCCCCUCGCUCUUGACAGUUUUUCUGUGGCUGCUGUGAACAAAGGAGUACCGUAUGUCAUCAUGUUUACUAUUUGGGGAACUGUUUGCUUUGCACUCCAAGCCGAGAUAUUUACUUCCGCUUUCUGCGUCACCCUGUCUUUGUUUAUGUCAUGUCGUUCACUGAAUGUCUUAACUUGUGAAGAAAUCGCCAUUGCUGUGCUGUAUUCAUCAAUGCCUUUAACUCGAACUUGCUAAGCCCACUCAAAGACCGCAAGAUUCAGAAACAUGCGACUGUCGUUUACUGCGCGGGGAAACGUUUUCAGCUGCAUAUGUCUUUUGGAAGUUUGGUUGGCAGAGGCACUGGCUGGCUUGUAGAAGUGGCUCUGUACAAAUCUUGUACAGAAAACUGGGGCAGUUGAGAAGGUUUUCAUUGGUACUGAUGCAAGUAUACCAAUAUUGCCAGGUAUUAAGUCGUCUCUCUCUUGAUGUAAACUCGGUGCUUAAGAGUUGUGUGGAACAAUAAACUGAAGACAUGGGUCUUUUGGAAGCCGAUCCUGGACCGGAAUAUCGCGUUAAAGCCGGACGUAACAAGAUUUCUCCUGAAAGCAAUAUUGAGUCAAAGCCUGUAGAACUAGCACCUGUGCAAAACUGGCAAGAGGGCAAUCAUGGUCCUGAAGCACCAAAAAGAGCAUUUGAAAAGGAGAAAUCAAGGAGAAGAUGUGCAAAGAUAGCAAUCAUGAUAUCAACAAUAGUUAUUGUUCUGAUUGUUGUUUUGACUCCGGUUUCAGUUUAUCUCGCAAAAAAUGAGAAGUCCAAAGGAACCGCGCCAACGAAGAGCAGCGGUACAGCAAGGCCUUCGACUGCACCUACAACCACCAGUCCAAAGGCUACAAAUGCCUCUACAAGAACUGUAAUUGUGAACACAACGGUGAUAAGAACCACUGCAAGGCCGACGUUGCGAACGACCACUGUCUCAAGAACUUGUACUCCAUUUUUACCUACAUCUAACCAUUCGAGUCACCAUUGGAGGUGUUCUGAUGAAAACAAUGUAGCAAGCACGUGUGUUCUGACGUGCAAUCAAGUAGGAUUCGUAAGCUUAAAACCAGAAUCGAAAUGCUUGUCCAGUGGAUUGUGGAGCAGACAAUGGUCAGAGUGCAUUGCCUCGAACCCCUGUGAUCUUAGCACGCACAACUGCAGUGUUCUUGCCUCGUGUAAGAGUACCCAACCCGGCAAAUACCGUUGCACUUGCAAUGCUGGCUUUGCAGGCGAUGGUAUUAACUGCGGAAACGAUACCGAUGCAGAUGGGAUACCUGACAAAGCAUUACCUUGCACUUCCAAAUCCUGCACGAUGGAUAACUGUGUGUCGCUUCCAAACAGUGGUCAGGAGGAUUUUGAUGGGGAUGGAAAGGGUGACGCUUGUGAUGACGAUGAUGAUAAUGACGGAAUCUCGGACUCUCAUGACAACUGUCCGCUCGUAAGCAACGCUGAUCAAACGGAUAGGGAACCGGACGGUGUUGGAGAUGCUUGCGACAACUGUCCUUCUGUAAAUAACACAGACCAGGUUGACACGAAUAAAAAUGGAAUCGGAGAUGCAUGUGAAAGUGACGUGGACAGCGAUGGAGUAUUGAAUGAAAGUGACAACUGUGUUUUGGUGUAUAAUCCGGACCAGAAGGAUAACGACACGGAUGGAGUUGGCGAUGUUUGUGACAACUGCAGGGAUGUGGCGAAUGCGGAUCAAAAGGAUGAAGAUGAUAAUCUUGUUGGAGAUGCAUGCCAGGACGGUCCGGACUCGGAUUCAGAUGGGAUAAAGGACAAAUAUGACAACUGCAAGGAUACAGCCAAUGGCGAUCAGACGGACACGGACAGAGAUGAUGUCGGCGAUGCAUGUGAUGCGGACAAAGAUGGAGAUGGUAUUGGAAAUCUUGAUGAUAAUUGCCCACUUGUUGCCAAUCGUGAUCAGGUGGAUGGGAACAAGAAUGGUAUUGGCGACGCUUGCGAAGAUGAUGAUGAUGGCGACGGUGUUGAUAAUGACAAAGAUGACUUUCCGUUGAAUGCUUCGAAAAAUCAGACUGACUUUAGGGUUUCAGAUAUGGUGAUUUUCGAUGGCAAAGGAACAGCACAAGACCCCCCGAAAUGGUUUCAGUUCGAUCAGGGGAGAGAAAUUUUGCAGACAAUCAAUGGCAAUCCUGGAGCUUUGUUAAGCAAAACAUUCUUCGGGGAUCUCAUUUUUACCGGGACUUUGAUGAUCCGAAGUCCUCCAUUCGGCGUCACGCCUGAUGAUGAUUAUGUUGGCAUAAUCUUUGGUUUCCAAAGCAACAGGAAGUUUUACGUCUGUUCAUGGAAAAGAGGUUCUCAGAGCUAUAACUUGAAGAAUGCUGGUCCUUAUCCUCGGGCUUAUGGUAGAAAGGGAAUUAGCCUCAAGAAAUUUCAUUCCUCGACUGGUCCUGGGAUAGCGAUGAGAGAUGCAUUAUGGGAAACCGGUAACGCUAUCAACCAAUCAACAUUGCUGUGGCAUGAUAAGUCACCAGUUUGGAGUUUCAACGUGUCAUAUCAGUGGAAAUUGGUGCAUAAUCCUGAUUCGGGAAGAAUGCGAAUUUCUUGGUAUCAAGGGAAGAAUAUGAUUUCAGAUUCUGGUAAUAUAGUUGACAAAUCUCUACGUGGUGGUCGUGUUGGAGUCUUUGUCUUCUCGCAAGAAAACGUUUAUUUUUCUGCAAUGCGAACCAAAAAUACGAAGAUAAAUGAUUAUGCGAUUGAAUUUGAUGGGCAAAACAGCUACAUUGAUAUUGGAAGUCAAAGUGAUCUUCUCAGUGGGGAGAAAUCAUUCACUGUUGAACUCUGGACAAGAAUCGAGGGCGUGAGUAAUACUUCAUGUAUGCCUCCACGGAAUAUCGAUUUUGGUACCAUUGACCACAGCGAUACUCAUUUCUUUGCUCAAGAUGCCAAUGACGAGAGGGACUGGCAAUUUCCGAAUGUCAUCAUUCCAUCGAAAACAAGUCCUGAAUUUGAUCAUACAUCGAACAAUGGUACUGGUCGAUUCGCGUAUUUUAGUGGCAGGUGGACUGGGUCUGGUCCCUAUCUAGGAGACAGGGCCAGGCUUCUGUCUCCUUGGUUUCCAGCCAAUGACUCCUGUGCACUGGAUUUCUUUCUGCACAUGUGGGAUGCGGACGCCACGGUGGCUAAAACUCAAAUGGGGAGCUUGCAAAUCGAAGUAAGGGACACUGAUAAAAUAUGGAAGCAGCGUUUUUGGAUUAAAGGGAAUCAAAACAAUACGUGGCACCAAAGAAAGGUUCUUCUCCAGCCAACGACCAAAGGUUACAGUGACAUACAAAUGCGCAUCACAGCGGUGAGAGGCCAUGGGUCAAGAAGUGAUAUUGCCAUCGAUGAUCUUAACUUCAGUCCGGGCUGCGGAACAGACAGUGUACAGACUUGCAAGGAUGAUUCACAAUACUUGUUAGGAUCCGAAAACCAGCGAGGGCUGUUCCUCUUUAUCAAACGAGGUCAGUUGUUUUGUGGUUUUUCUGGAAAUGAAACCGUCACCACAAGCUCCUCUGAAUUCCAGUUGGGCCAAUGGAAUCAUGUUGCCAUGGUUUUCAAUUCAUCUGACAAGGACAUGAAAAUCUUCGUGAAUGGAAAGCUGGCUGCUUCAAAAGUUUUAUCAAGUUUCGAGGAUACAAAAGGAAGUCGCAUUUUCAUUGGCAAACAAGGCAACUCCUUUUUGAAAGGCUUUGUUGAUGAGGUGAGGAUAUGGAAAAAAGAAAUGGACGCAGCGAGGAUUAUGGGAAUGCAAACAAUAUCUAAUUUGGACGACCUUCAAGCAAGAUACAGCUUUAACGAUGGUGAAGGACCAGUGGCAAGGGACUCUUCGCCAACGAGGUACACAGCAACGAUUCACAAAGGAGUGUGGGUGCAGUCAUUUCGAGGCAACAACUAAAACGAAUAUAGCUUGUGUUGUGUGACAACUUGGUUGUUAAAAGCAAAAAAAUCAUCACACUGGGGUGAUCCGAUUGAAAACAAGUGGAUGUACUGACCAUGAACAAAUAUUGACGCAGAUGUGUAUAUAUACAGUAAGAGAAAACCUUCUAUCGGAAACAAAAAUGUGUGGAAAACUUGAUUCUUGAAUACAUGCCGUCAUAUAAUAAAAACCAUGUCAAAUUAACCUUUUAAAAUUUUAUAAGCUGUUAAUAAAUAGUAUAAUAACAUACUGCAUAUCGCUUUUAUACUGAAAUCGAUUUAUUAAAACGGAACGACGUUUCUUUUCUUUUUAAUAAAGAAAUUCUGCAAUUGAAAACACCUUUUCUCGAGUCUUUAAGGGUUUUCCGUUCAAAUAACACUCAUUUUGAAAUCCUUGAAAUUUGGUAAAAAAACUUCUCCUCAAAAACGAAUUUUUAUUAGCAUUAUCCUAUG